AUGGCAUCCGAUCCGUACAAGGCCAAGAACAAAGACGAGCCCGGUCUCGAAGAGAAGGUCAACGCCCUCAAUGACUUUGUGAGGUCCUCCAAGUUCGGCAUGAUGACCACACGUAUCGCGGACUCGGGUUUGUUGGUUUCGAGGUGCAUGGCUCUGGCUGCACAGGAAUCUGGCGGCGUCGAUCUCCUCUUCCACACCAACACCGAGUCGGGCAAGACCUCGGACCUGUCGUCGGAUGAGCACGUCAACAUCUCGUUCCUGACCCCGUCGGGCAGCUGGGCGUCGAUCUCGGGCACGGCGAGCAUCAUCACGGACCGCGCCACGGUCCAGAAAUACUACACGCCCACGCUCAAGACCUGGCUCGGCGACCUGGGCGACGGCACCCACGACGGCAGCGAGAACGAUCCCCGCAUCGGCGUCAUCAAGGUCAAGGCGCUGACCGCCACGUACGCGCUGCCCAAGGGCACCAUGCUUGGCCGCGGCGUCGAGAUGGUCAAGGGUGCCGUCACCGGCGAAGUCGCCAACGUCAACGAACUGCGCGAGAUCGAUCAGCAGGAGAUGGAGCAGUGGCGGAGGUCACAUUAG